AUGAUUUAUGUGUUUAACAAGUUCAAGAAUAAGGAUGGAAAGUUCAAGGAGCAGCUAGCUGAGGAUGCAAUAGGUCUUUUAUGCCUUUAUGAAGCAGCACAAUGGAGCACCCAUGGUGAAGACAUUCUCGAUGAAGCUCUUGCCUUCUCUAGGUCGCAUUUGGAAGGACUGACUUAUGAAUCUAGUCCACACAUGUCCAUCCGCAUUAAAAAUGCCCUCAAACAUGCAUACCCUAGGGGUAUCUCAAGGAUAGAGACACGCCAAUUUAUCUCAUACUACGAAAAAGAAGAUCUGCACAAUCAAACCUUGCUAGAAUUUGCUAAGAUAGAUUUCAAUCUUCUGCAAAUGAUGCAUCGUGAAGAGCUUGGCCAAGUCUUCAGGUGGUACAAAAAUCUAGAGCUCGACUUGAAACUACCAUAUGCAAGGAACCGGACGGUCGAAAGCUACUUGUGGGCUGUUGGAGCAUACUUCGAGCCCCGCUAUUCUCAAGCAAGGAUUUAUUUGGCCAUUGUUGUUAUCUUAUUGACGCUAGUUGAUGAUACAUAUGAUGCCUAUGGCACAAUUGAGGAACUCGAACCAUUUACAAAUGCACUGAUUACGUGGAAUCCUAGCGGCAUGGAAGGGCUCCCAGAGAGCAUGAAGUAUCUACAUCAAGUUGUGUUAGAUUUUUAUGGAAAACUUGAGGAUGAGAUGGAAAGGGAAGGAAGGUCGGGAUGCGGCUUUUUCGCCAAACAAUCGAUGAUUGUAACGGCUAAAGCCUAUCUUCAAGAGGCAAAAUGGUUGAGCCAAGACUAUGUGGCAACAUUCAAGGAGUACAAAGAGAACGGAGUUUAUUCGUCGAGCUACUUAGCUCUGUUAUCAGGAUCCUUUCUAGGAAUGGUGGAUGAAGGCACACUUGAUGUGUUUGAGUGGUUAAGCACUUUCCCACCUCUUCUUGUGAAUUCUGCACUAAUAGGCCGUCUCUGUGGUGACAUUGCUAGUUGCGAGUUUGAGCAUAAGAGAAAGCACGUGGGAACUUCUAUUGAUUGUUACAUGAACCAAUAUGGUAUUUCAUGGGAGAAAGCCGAAGAAGAGGUCAAAAUCAUGGCAUUGGAUUCAUGGAAGGAUUUUAAUCAAGAAAUGAUGAAGAGAGAUCACUCUUUUCCUUACCCUGUCGUCAUGCGAUUUCUAAACCUGUCGAGGGUCGUCGAGGUUUUCUACAAAGACACUGACGUUUUCACAUAUCCUGAGUUGAUGAAACAUCACGUGGUUUCUUUAUUCCUUAACAAAUUAUCUAUUUGAAUCAGAACUAUACGACUGUGCAAGUUGUUUUGUUUUGUUUUUAGUUUCCUGGUUUUCAUUUUUUUUUUUUUUUUUUUUUUUUUUGUAGUUUCCUGGUUUCAUGUUUUGUGGAAAUAAGCGGCUUUAAUUCUUCUGUCGCAUUAAUUUAUCACUUUGUGUUUUGUGUGUUUCAAAACCUCAACUAUGUAUUGUAGUCAUAUUUGACCACCGUGAAAUUCAAUAUGUAAGUGGAAUUUAUGAACACAAACGUUGUCUGUAUA